AUGGGAUGGAGCAUCCUUAUGAGCGUGUGCGCAUGUGGCCGUGAUGACCUCGCGGGAUUUGCUUUAGAUCGAACUGAAGCAGUAGAUUGUGCUACAAUCACUAACAAGACAACUUUUCUGCACCUUACCGCUAUGUCUAGAAACACUCGUGUGAUUGAAGAAUUAAUUGCAACGGGUGAGCGACAAGAGAAAAUUCGGCAAAUAAUUGAUCAGCAAAAUGCUCAUGGUGAUACAGCACUGAUGAUGGCUUGCGUAGCGAAGAAUGUAACAGCAGUGCAACGUCUUGUUGAAUUGGGUGCAAAAAUUGAUGUAAUCAAUGUAAGUGGACUGAGUGCACUUAUGUGUGCUGCUCGCGUCGGACGAGAUCCACGCUCGGGUGCUUUGCCCGUUGAGGAAAUGAUGAUGUGUAGUGCUGUGAUCAUCGAAAAUUUACUUCUAAAUGGAGCAAAAGCGAAUGUUGUGGAGAAAGAAGGUGGUAAUACAGCGUUGCAUCUUGCUGUAUUGAGCGAUAAUAUUGAUGCUGUAAAGUCUUUGGUUCAAAAUGCUCUAAAUCUUGACAUUACGUUGCGAAAUAAAGAACGAAAGACGGCGUUAGAGUUGAGCAAACAGUCUUCAGGAAUGGCGACUAUGCAGAUGGAACAAGUUUUGUCCAACAAAUGGGAUCAGUGUACGAGAGAGGCAGCUAAACGAUGCGCAAUGAUGGAACAAGAGCUGUUGGAUCUGUCAAUAGAAGAUAAUGGGAAUAAAUUGAGUCGCAGUAAGCUGCGCAAAAGAGAAAAUAAGACGAAGAAACUGAAGAAAAGAACGAAGGCUGUGCAGAAAAUGUCCGAAGAUGUGUCGACAAGAUCGAAGCCCACACAGGACGAGCCUGAGCUUAGUAAAAUAAAAGAAAAAAACGAAAACUUCACGCCGCCAUCGAGUUUGAAUGAUACACAAGUAGUCGAGAAGGUCGCUAUGCUUGAUCUAAAUUGCAACAAUUUUGAAAAUCGAGUUGACUGUGACGACGGCGACUGGCUUCGAAUUGUGUCCAGAAAAAAUCGGUGUAAGAAUUUGGGCAGCAAAUACGAAAAUCCUCAUGAUAGCUUGAAUGACAAAAUGAUCGAGACUACACAAACGAACAUUAUACGAAAGUCGAUCUCAUCACAAGCUACGCAGGCGGCGCGUUCAAAGCAUUCUAAGGCAAGUUUAAAUGUAUCUACUGUAAUUGAAGCCCCAGGAAGCGAGCAAUUGAGUUUAAAGGUGACGACUGCGAUUGCAACGGUGUCCCCGCGACGCCAAGUGCUAUCAGAGGACGAUGAAAACGAAUCCUUGAGUUCAAAUUUAUCUUACGAUGGGCUGAACAAACAAUUCCAUUCCACAUUUCCUGUUGCAGCCGAGCUGGAGAUUGAUGUCGAAAAAUUUCUUAUCGCAUCGUCAACGAGCGACCGCGAGCUGGAGCCGUAUGACACCUUGAGUAUUUCUCAGGUUGAGGCAUUACAAGAAGCUCAUUGGCAAGCUUUUCACUAUCUUAAUGAAAAAAAGAUUGAAUUGACUAGUGUGCUUGAAGCCCAGCGUAUUGAAGCUCGAUUCGCCUUGCAGCAAGAGCUCAUGCAAAUCCAAUGA